AAUUUGAGGUUAACCACAUGCUAGAUAAUUCCAUUUAGACACAGUAGAAGACACACAGGUGUGAUUCAAAACUCUUGGGUGCAAUGUGACAUUGGGAACGCUGGUCUAGAUGUAAGUGAGAAAGUAUAAGCAUGAAAGAUAAACCAGACCAGUUGUUUACAGCUAACAUACAGUUAGGCAAAUUGCUCAAGAGCAUGACAAAAUUAGAAGGAGGUGGGCAGAGUCAGGCUUGACUGAAGGGCAUAUGAAAGAAAGGGGAAGAGGAACAAAUGAGUUAUUUUCAUUUGUCCGAAAGAAUGAAGGGAAAAAUUUCGGGGAGGGGUGGGGUACAUAAGAGAAUGGGGAGUUUUCCUGGAAAAGCUUCCAGGAGAAAACAUAGAAGAUAGAUCUCAGCUUGGUGUGGGUGUUGGGAGGAUGGGACAGAUGACUUUCAUGACAGUAAGCAAUAAACAAGAGCAGCCGCAAGAAGUAGUAAGUGGGAGAAGAUUGCUCUUAAGAGGAAACGAGAGGACCGUGAUUCAAGUUUGUCUCAAGCCAGCAGAGGAGGAAAAGGAGGGAGAGGAGACCACCCAGGGGAAUUAACAAGGGAAAGCCGGCCUUAUCUGUCUGUCCUCCCAGCAUGGUUAAAGAAAAUUAAAAGUGGAUGUUCCAGCCCCUUCGGAUGAACUGCAACCCUGACAACUUCACUGCAACUGCAUGAGAGACCCUGUGCCACAGCUCCCCAGAGCCACCCGGCAAAGCGGCUUCCUGAUCCUUGGCCCUCAGAAACCCUGAGUUUAUGCUCAGAAAGACGUUCCCGUACUGAAAUCAGAGGUGGAGGGGAGCCAAAAGAACACUGAUGAAGCUUACAUUGUUCCAACUAUUCCGGCUCUAUCUUAAAUAUGGUGGCGGAACUUCAUUCAACUCUGUGGCCCCCAUGCACCACCACCCUGAAGCUUUCAAUCUGCAGACACUCUGGGAAGGGAAUAUCUGUUGGAUGAAUGGGAUAAUGAUUCUUCUUGCUUCCCACCUAAGUUGAAUAAGCACCUCGUGCACUUUAAUCUCCUGUCGUGCCAUCAGGCUGACUGAAGACAGUGUUUUGAAAUCUCAGCUAUAAAGACAUCCCGCCAAAGUCUCAAUCUUGCCUUAACGAUGUUCCAGAGACUGAAUAAAAUGUUUGUGGGUGAAGUCAAUACUUCUUCCAAUCAAGAACCAGAAUUUAGUGAGAAAGAAGAUGAUGAAUGGAUUCUUGUUGACUUCAUAGACACUUGCACUGGUUUCUCAGCAGCAGAAGAUGAAGAAGAAGACAUCAGUGAAGAGUCACCUACUGAGCACCCUUCAGUCUUUUCCUGUUUACCUGCAUCUCUUGAGUGCUUGGCUGAUACAAGUGAUUCCUGCUUCCUCCAAUUUGAGUCCUGUCCGAUGGAGGAGAGCUGGUUUAUCACCCCUCCCCCAUGUUUUACUGCAGGUGGAUUAACCACUCUCAAGGUGGAAACCAGUCCUAUGGAAAACCUUCUCAUCGAACAUCCCAGCAUGUCUGUCUAUGCUGUGCAUAACUCCUGCCCUGCUGUCAGUGAGGCCAGCUGUGGGGCUGAUGAAUUUCAUAACCCAAGUAGCCCCAGAGUGGAAGCUCAGGAUGAGAUGGGGCAGCACAUUCACUGCUAUGUUGCAGCUCUUGCUGCUCAUACAGCUUUUCUGGAACAACCCAAGAGCUUUCGCCCUUCCCAGUGGAUAAAAGAACAUAGUGAAAGACAGUCUUUAAACAGAAAUAGCCUUCGUCGCCAAAAUCUUACCAGGGACUGCCACUCUAGGCAAGUCAAGCACAGUGGCUGGGCUGUCCAUCAGCCCUGCCCACGUCAGUACAAUUACUAAGAAUUUCAAGGUUGAUUGGUUUCUCUUGGUUUGUGCAUAUGUGUGUGGAUGUGUGUGUACGGACAAUGAAGAUGCUGUUUCAGCCAACUGAUGACCAAUCACAUAGUUUUAUCAAUGUGUUUAGACACUAUCUUGAAAACCAGAUUUACAUGCUGUGUAUCACAUAAUGCCUUGCUUUUAACAUUUACUUUUUUGUAAAUUUUUUCAGAAUAUUUUUGGAAACAUAUCAAUACAGUUACAGUGUUUGGUGUUUUGGGAUGUCUUUAAAUCUAUUAAGGUGUAUAUGAGUUAGCAUUCUAAAGACAUUUCUUCCCAAGUAUGAGGAUAGGCAUCUUUCAAUUUCAUUUUAUUUUAUAUUAAUCAAUAUUUCGAGUAAGCAAAAAUUUAUUCUCAGGGUCAGCCAUACACUUUAUUGACCAGUACUUGAUAAUCUUUUCUGUAUAUAGCGAAUACAUUUUUACACACUAACAUGAGCAUUAACAGGUGAUAGUUGCCAUGGAUAUAAUGGAAUUAUGGCUGAACUUUCUCUUGAAAGAAAACUUGAUAUAUUUCUGUGUGUACAGGUUUUUUUUGUUUUUGUUUUUGUUUUUUUUUUUCCAGAUUAGCCAUACAGUUCAUUUUGGAAUUCAGGUACAUUAAGUGUUAGUGAACAGUGCUUUCAGUAAUUCCGAUGUGACUGUGUGACGUGGUACAGAGACAUUACAAGGAUCGUGGGACAGAAGCGCUGUCUUACAUGCAGAGGGGAUCCGUCAGAUCUGUGAAAUUGUGUUUGGGAAAAUGUAUGUCUCCACCUACCCCAUUAGUCCACCAUUUGACUUGUGUGGAUUCUUUCCUGCCGGCUCUGCCCACUUGGCACUUCACAUCAGCUGUAAAUUCAGAAGUACCUGUCCAGGCACUUUAGUGACUUCUUAUUUAUAACUGUCCAAGGAAAAAGAGGUAGGCUUUGUAUUUCUGAUACGGUGACGGAUCAUCUGCCGUGGAGCCUGCCCUGCUGAGUGGCAAGCGAGGCUGAGAAGGAAUUCCUGGUGACAACUUUUCCUAGCAUCUAGAUGAAGAGUGACGGGUUGGCUUCCUUGAGUUCUCUUUUUUUUUUUUUUUUUUUUUCCCCUAACUCGGGCUUCAGGCAGAAUCUUUAACCACUUUGGCCUCUGUUUCCUCCACCUAUGGGGGAGUAGUAGUAUUUACCUCCCUCACGGUCGUUGUGCGCACUGUGUACCGAUGGAAGUGGGCUGUCCGGGACUGAACCUUGUGUGAAAUUCCAGGGGCCUCUCUACUGAAUCUGAUGGUGGGGGUGGGGCCACAACUGUUCUUCAGAGUGUUGGUGCUAAUGAGGCCAGGGUUCAGGGCUCGAGUCACAUGGAGGCCAGUUAUUUAUCAUUUAGAGAAAAUCUAUCUUACCUCUAGCCGGUCACUUUAUUUUUUUAGCGAUUGUGAUGGGUUUUGCUGAGCCAUCCACAUUCACCAAUUUCCUCUCAAACUAAACUAAACAUAGACAAUCCAAAGCACAUUCUACUGACAAACAGUAGUAUCACCUUUGUGGUCAAAGAGCUUAUUUUUCCAAUGCCUCUGCAACCCUAAUUAAGUAAAUACAUGUCUAUACAAGGUUUUCAAGGGAAAAAGCAGCAUAUAGUUAUGUGAAGUAUUAUAUUUUCUAAUAACCCUGUAGCAGCUGGAUGCAGGGAACUAUGGGAGACUUUUCAAGUGAAGAGCUGAGCUCUUUUCUGACCAGGGCUGGGAAGUUUGGAGGCGGAAGAGGUCACACAGCAUCGUCAGAUGGUGGCGGUAGGUGGUUCUUCCACUGGCUGUGACGAAGUGCCAGGAAUGUCUCUUUAGAACAAGAGUCUAGACCCCCUGCUUUCCUUAUUCCCUUUCCAUUUGAACCACCCCUUUAUUUAUUUGUUUUCUAACUAGGGGCCAAGUCUGUAAAGUUUUGUCAAACUGAGCUAGAAGUUAUUUUGUUACUAUUUGUGUUUACGAGAGUUGAGAGGUGAGGUAGAGUUUUCAUGAAGGUGUGUAUGUUUUACAUCGUGUCUGUCUCUAGGGCCAUAUGUUGGUAACUUGAAAAUAGACCAGCUAAAUGUUUUCUGGAUAUAAGCCUCUGACUACGUGGGGGUCUCUUUUUUCAUAUAUUACAUGCAAGUUGUUAGUACCUCACAAGCUACAGAAGUUCAGCCAUGAGAAUUUGUUUGGCAGCAUGAACAGAUUUGUGUAUAACAUAGCUAGGGUCUUUUCUUUCUUUUUUUUUUUUUUUUACUGUUAUUUUUCAAAUUUCCUGAUACCUGAAAUACAUCUACAUCUCUGUCAGUUAUUGACUUUUUUUCUGGCCUUCUCUGGACCUAGUUUUUUAUGGUUUAUACCUGGAAAAAUACUUUCAGGCUUGGGAUUUUUUUUAGGGUUAUCAUGCCAUCUGUCAUAUCAUACUGUGGUUUUUGUAUCAGUAUCUAAGUUUUCUGUCUUAAAUUGGCACAUGUUAGAAUGGAAGAAAGUGGUUACGUAAUUCAUUUGAAGUUCUUGGUCAUUAGGGGUUUGUUAGGCAUCUACUACGUGUGGUACCAGGAUGAUGUUGACCUGUUAAGUAUUCCUUGAAACAUGGCCAAAAUGCAAUUUAUUAUAAGUUAAUUAUUAUUUUUGCUCUUGUAAAUAUUAGUGGUUUACAUAAAUGUGCUUCAGUGCAUAUUUCUUAAAAAUUCAAGCAGUGAGAAAUAAGACCCUCCGAAUUUAGUGCUCUACUUCUAAACUGAUAAUAUAUAGAACGUUACUUGGAAAAAGUCUGGAAUGUGUGAUGCACAAGGAGUGCUUCAUGGAUGAGUCCCUUAGUUUUUAUAACGCAUCGUGUUUCUCAAAGUUUGUGUUUUCAUUAAUAAAACAUUUUAUAAUGUGUAUUCUAUGUUUGUUACUUUUUCUUUCUCCACUAAUUAUGUACUGCACUGUGAGUUGAAGAUUAACCCUGCAUUAUUUAUCUUCUGUGGCAAUGCAUUUAUAUGGCCGGGCAGGUGGGGGAUUUUUUUUACAGAAAGGUUCACAGUGAUUGGAUUUUUGACUUUCUACUCCAGCGAGCUGUUUCUACAUUAAUUUCCUGUACAUUUUCCCAGUUCCCAUGCAGGCUGUUCCUGUUUACAUACCUUCUCUGUUUUAUCAGUGCUUUGAUUCUAGUGAGAACACAGUUUACUGAAAACUUGAGAGGGCGUUCAGCAUCGCCUGUUGUUUUUCCUUCUCAAAUCUAUGUAGUACACUGGUUUGUUAUCUUUACAUCUUCAUUGAAUCUAAGUGUUUUCGCUAUCCUCUUCUUCAAGGAAAUAUAUUGUCUUUUUUAUAUCUUGAGAAAAAAAGAACAAAAAAGAGUGUCUUUCUUAUCCUGUUUUUCUUUGAAUUGUAAACAAACAAAAAAAUGAAGGACUCCAACUAGAAGAUAAACAUUUAAGUUUAAAUAGGUUAGUGGAGAAAGUUUAAGAGUUUCCAAGUAUCUUUGUUUUUAGAAUCGGUUAAGAGACUGCUCCUUGUACUGGAGACACUAGCAUGUUUGUAAUGUUACCUUAAAACUAUCUUCAUUUUAUAAUGCCCAUUCAUGCUGGCUAAAUUCUUUUAAAAGUUGGGCUGUUUUCAUGGAUGGCUUCACUGUCAUCAGCCAUGUUGAUGUAUUAUCAAUGGCAUCCUUAUCUACUUAUUUUAAUGCUGAAAAAUUUAUAUGAAAUGCUUUAUUUAGGAAACCUACCUAAUUCGGUGGUGUCAGCCUUGCCAUGUACCAAUUUCACUUGAAAUAUGACACCAAUUACAGUGGUUUGGGGUGGAGAAAGAGGGACCGGAAAGCAUACAGAUAAGGAUAUUUCUUUCUCUUUGCAACAGUAUCCUUUAUGGGGGAGGAGAGGUUACUAUUCAAAGGAAGGCAGCUUCAGUGGAUGUUUUAUAUAUCGUUUAGAAUUUUCCUUACAACAUAUUUUUUUAAUUGUAUAAUUGUUAAAUGCCCCAUUUUGCUCUGUAUUUGCCUGAAGUUUUAGUAUUUGUUUUCUAGAUGGACUUCUAAAAAACCAAAUCAGUACUUGGGGAGCUAGAUGUGUGUGUAUCUAAGCUUGAUGUGUAUGAGUGGUUUUUGCUUGCUUUUUGGUUGCAUUUUCCUCCAGAAGUUUGGAAUUUUAAUCAGUAAUUGUGUGUUGUUAUUAUUUUUUUUGAGUGGCUUGGUUUUUUUGUCUCAAGUAAAAUUGUGAACACAUUUGCUUUUCAAAGACAGGGCAUCAGUUAUAGAGACUGAAGAGUAUUGUAGAUUGUACUAUGUGCCUUCUUGAUGUAUAUUCCUAAACACAAAUUUUUUUCAACUUGAAAACUCAAAAGGGACAUUUGGUUAGAUUAUAUACUGUACAUCAUCUAUGCAUAAAUGGCAGCUUGUUUUCUUGAGCCACUGUCUAAAUUUGUUUUUAUAGAAUUUUUUAUACUGAUUGGUUCAUAGAUGGUCAGUUUUAUACACAGACUAAACAAUACAGCACUUUGCCAAAAAUAAGUGUAGCAUUGCUUAAACAUUGUAUAUUAACACCAGUUCUUUGUAAUUGAGUUCAGUGGUGCGUUUUGCACUACUUGGAGUUGUGGUUUUUAAUCUGUCAGUAAAUAAAAUGUUCUUUAACUUCA